AAAAAAAGUCCAUCGCAUCGAGCCUCAACUCAAGUGAAAAAGGGGGGAAACCCUGUCUAAAGAACAUGUCUCUGAAAUGCAGCAUGGUAUGCAGCAGACAGAUUUGUUUGUACAAGGACACUACAAGACACACUAGAGGAUGAAGAGUCAACAGCACACCUCCAGAUAUCUGCUGCUCCAUGUGUGGUGCGGGUUUCUCACAGUCGCAAUGGGGAUUAUGGUCGCAGUUCUCACAACAGUGCAAAUAAGCUCACCUGACAAGAGUAAUUUACCCGAAUCAAAGGAGGAAAACCAGCACCCUCCAAACGGCAGUUUUCUGGCUCAAUUGAAUUCAUCAAAGGCUCCCCGUCCCUCCUAUAUCCAGCUGACCAUGGGAACAUUAUCUUGGGAGAAUGACCAUGAUGCCCCCGUCUGUGGCUCUUGCUCCCUCGUCCUCCGCGACAACUCUGUCUACAUCAGAUCUGAAGGCUUCUACUACUUCUAUGUCCAGGUCACCUUCACUAGGCACACCGGGGGAGAGGAGAAGAGGAAGGUGACUCUGUUCAAAAAUGGCAUUCAACAUAAGACCCAGCAAAGGAGACUGAGUGAAGCCGUGUAUCACGGAGAGAAAGAGUGCACUGUAUUCAUGUCCAGGAUGGUUAAGCUCCAACAAGGUAACAGUCUCAGCCUUGAGAUAACAUCCAAGAAUAAUAGUUUUAGGUAUGGGGGAGAGAAUACCUAUUGGGGGGCAUAUCAGCUCCCCCCAUAUUGAGCCAACAGACAUUGUUAUUGAGACUUAGUUCAAGAUUGAACCAAAGAAGCUGUUAAAACAUUGUUUGUUUUUUUAAAGUGUGCGUUGGUUACUAAACUGAAUUUAUUUUGUGAAAACUGUAACUGUUUAGCAUAUGCAUUGUUUGUUUCGCUGAACAGAUUUGAUUAUAUAAUGAGGUAACAGAAUACAUCUUCAAACUAUG